ACGAGUAAAAUAAUAUUAACUUAAUACUAGAAAUUUACAGAGAAAUGUUCUAAACAAUACUAUUAUAUAUAUUUUUUCUGGCAUAGUGAAUUGUGAAUAAUAUGCAUAUAGUUUUCGCAUAAAAAAGUUUAUUAAAAUUUUAAAAUAACUAUCAUGUAACCCCAGUACAUUAAGACAAGAUCAUUGUUAUAAAAUUUUUCAGCAAAUCUUGAUUUUAGUUGUACGUAUUUGUUUGUAAUCAUGCACGAAGCUUACGAGGUUUCUCCUUUACUUACUGUUACUGUACAGAUAGAAACUAUAGCUGCUUAUGAUGGCAACCUUUUGUUGGGGACUAGGCAAGGACACUUGUUAAUGUAUUCAUUAUCCACCAAUAAUGGGAAUCAGGGCAAAUAUGGAUUACAAUUGCUACGAUACUGUAAAAAUUUUAGUAAAAAACCAAUACAACAAAUUGAAGUGAUACCAGAAAAGAAUUUACUCCUUUGUCUAUCUGACUAUGUCCUGUCUACAUAUGACAUCAACGGUGUCAAUUUCCCUCUUAUUGAAACAUUUCCACAAACCAAGGGUGCUUCACUUUUUGCCUUAGAUAAUAAAUCAACAACAUCAAUGACAGGAGAAUCAAACUCAGUUGUUCGUCUAUGUGUGGCUGUCAGAAGAAAACUGCAGUUAUACUAUGGGAAAAAUGGGCAAUUUAAACAACACUUAUUUGAUUUCUCCAUACCAGAUGUGCCUAAAGUUCUGGCAUGGGGCCAAGAAUAUUUGUGUGUAGGGUUUAAGGCUGAAUACACAUUUUAUGAUCUCUCUUCGGGAAAACCUAAGGAGCUGUUUCCAACUGGAAGUUCUAAAUCCUUAGAGCCAACUAUAGCUAAAUAUUCAGAGACAUCAUUUUUACUUGGACGAGACCAAACCUCAGUACUUGUGGAAGAAACGCAAGAUAUAGAAAUUAAGAAAACAAUUAGAUGGUCAGAACCUCCUAUAAGUGUUGUUUGGGAUGAGCCAUUUGUUUUAGGUCUACUUCAAGAUCAAGUGGUAGUGCAAACUGUAGAACCUUCAUUAUUUAUACAAACAAUACCAGAAUUAAAUAAAGCAAGACUGAUGUAUAGAUGUAAGCGAGGUUUAAUAUUCGUGUCUUCAGUUGGUCAAGUGUGGUGCCUCAGUUCAGUGGAUGUCACAAAGCAAAGACAACAACUUCUAAAAGAUAAACAGUUCCAGAUCGCUAUCACUCUAACAAAACUGUCAGAAUGUUCCCAAGAAGAAAAAGAACACUCACAACGAUCGAUACAGAAAUUGUUUGCUCUUGAUCUAUUCGACUCUAAAGAGUAUGCACAGUCCAUGAAAGAAUUCAUUAAACUAAACAUUGAUCCAGCUGAGGUUAUAGAGUUAUUCCCUGAUUUAGAUAGCAAACCUGGUCCAGAAUCGUCUAAAAAUAAGAAAUUAAAAGGAAAAGACUUGGAGAAUGCAUUAAAAGCUUUAAUAGAUUACUUGCUCGCGUUAAGAGCGAACAUUGGCAAGAAUACCUCUCAGGUUUCCGGUAGCCAAGAAGAGGGAGGCAGUCAGAGAAAUGUGACACAACAGCUGGAACUGAUCGAUACAACAUUAUUGAAAUGUUAUUUGCAGACAAACGACGCCUUUGUUGCCUCGUUAUUACGUCUUAAUAAUUGUCGCUUAGAAGAAGCGGAAAAGACUUUACUGCAACAUGGAAAGUACAGCGAGCUUAUCAUAUUGUAUCAAACGAAGGGGCAGCAUACGAAGGCGCUGCAGCUGCUUCGAGAUCAAGCUAAACAGCCAGACUCUAGUCUAAAGGGUUACUCUAGAACUAAAAAUUAUAUGCAGAAUUUAGGUGCGGAACACAUUAAUUUGAUAUUUAAAUUCUCCGAUUGGAUACUGAAAGAGCAUCCAGAAGAAGGAUUAAAAAUAUUUACAGAAGAUAAAGUGGAAGUAGAAAAUUUGCCCCGUCCAAAGAUAUUAGAUUUUUUGUUAAGAGAGCAUGAGACAUUAGUGAUACCAUAUUUAGAGCAUGUCAUUCACACAUGGAAUGAUACUAACUCGUUGUUUCACGACGCACUAAUUAGAAUGUAUAGAGAAAAAAUAACGGACAAAAAGGGGGCUGUAACGGAAGAAGAGAUACAGCAUACCAAAUCAAAGCUGUUAGCGUUUUUGGAGAAAUCAGUACAUUAUACACCGGAGAGGGUGAUUUUACAUUUCCCUAACGACAGUCUGUUUGAGGAAAGAGCUGUUAUUUUAGGUAAACUUGGAAGACAUGAGCAGGCGCUCGCAAUAUAUGUACAGAUUCUUGGUGAUGUCGAUAGAGCAGUGAGAUAUUGCGAGAACGUUAGCGAAAAUUCAAACGAUCAAAAUCAAGACGUGUACGUGAUGCUAAUGAAGAUCUUAGUGAAUCCUGAGAACAGUAAUGCACUCAGUGGGCCCCUAGAGAAAGUGCCCCGGAAUCCCAAAACUGCAGUACCAGAUUUGGAGACUGCCUUGAAUAUACUGGAAAAACAUGGUGAUAAAAUAUCACCACUAAAGGCGUUAUCCGUAUUGCCAGAUGAUGUGCCCCUGACGAGAUUGAAGCGUUUUCUCGAGUGUGCACUGGAUGCACAACUAACUCUCAAGCGACGUACUCAAGUUUUAAAAGGAUUGCUCUCUGCGGAACAUAUGCAGGUACAAGAAUUAAAACAAUUUCACGAAUCUAAAAGUGUGGUCAUCAACGACUACAACGUAUGUCCAGUCUGCAAGAAACGAUUUGGCAACCAGAGCGCAUUUGUGCGGUAUCCUAAUGGUGACAUCGUGCAUUAUUCAUGUAGAUUAGACAAGUAGAAAUUGCUAGAUUUUUAUUUACUUACCAGAGGGAGACUUUGUACAAAAGUCGUUUGCUUGGGCACCUCUGUCCCAUUCGUGUUUGUACCGUGAAGCAGUUGUGUUUGCAUGGCUGUGUUUCGGUUUGAAGGGUGGGAUAUGGCAGCGAAUUUACAGGAACAACACCCGAGUCCUCAGUAAUGGCAACGCAUGGGAGGUAUCAUGCGCGAAACAGUAUACUCUGUUAUGUCCAUGGUACGGCUCGUAUCUAUAGGUGACGGUUGCCACUUUUCAUUAGGUGGGCCGUAAGCUUGUUUGCCAUUCUAUGUUGUAUAAAAAAAUUCUUCGAAUACAGAGUUUAUUAAAUUAUAACACUAGAUUGUAUAGUGGCUGCUCUUAUUUACAGCAUGUUAACAUUUUAUUUAUGUUAAUGAAAAUAAUAUAUAUUAAAUUAUAAAUUAUAUUAAAAUAGCUUGCUAAAAAUAAUUGUUUUCGAAUAUGUGUACAUAUUGCAACAUAUAGACUGCUUGAAUGAAUUUUAUUACUUGGCUAGGCUUUUGGCUACGUGAACGCUACGAGUGUAGUAAACAUUGUAUAUAGCGAUUGAACACACUGUCACAAGAAAGAGAGAAAAAAUAAUUUACUAAGUAAGUGUGGAAACCACACUCAUAACAAUUCAUCGAGGCCCUACUGUUAUAUACUAUUAUUAUUUCCUUAAAUUGUAAUGCAAUUGUAAAAUACGGAAUUGUAGUUUAAUUGACGUUUAAUAAACUGCUUCAAGGCAAAACAUAAAUUUCUGAGCUAAAACGAUAUAUCUAAUCAGGAAAUUGCAUAUGUUUGACAGAUAUUUAGCCAUCUUAUAGCAAUCAACGUCGAUCAUGUUCAAUUUUGUGUUACUAAUUUUGAAUUCACAAUUUAACUUGUAUCAGAAAACAAAGAAAAUUAUAAGAAAAGAUAUUAUUUUAAAUUUGAAUAUGUUUAUUGAUUGAUUUCCUUGUAUAUAGUUGUAUAUUGACUUAUUUCAUUUGUUCACAAUAGAUCCUACUGGUUCGAUUUUUGUCACUGUCUAAUUGUUUUAGGAAAUCCACUCUAAAAACUACAUUUACAAUGUAUAAUGCUCUGUAGAAAUACUGAUUGUCCGUUUAUUUCUUAUUAAUAGCUACAGACUAGUGUAAUCUUAUUAAUACAUAUAACAAAAUUGAAAUUAGACAACGUCUGUACAUGGGAGAUUAAAUAUCUCCCGAUAAAAAAAUAUAUGAGCUGUCUUAAUAAGAGUAAUUGAAACCAAAAUAAUAAUUUUUAGAAAUUUUGUCCGUCUGCCUGUCUGUAUGUUUGUUCCCGCAAGUCGGGUAAAUUACGCAAAAUUGCAUCAAAUUGGAUACGGAUUUCGUAGUUCCAUUCCUGAAGGUGUAAUUUAAAAAUUUGUGUGUGUUUUGAUAGACAUCAAGUGGUCUAUUUCAUUAAUUUUCCUAUUUCUAAAGUCUACCUGCACAAAAUUGCGGGCAGUAAAAAGCUGGUUAUAAAAUUGUACCCAUUAUUAAUAUUGAAAUAUUUUUAUUUAUGCAUUUCGUAUAUCAUUGUUAUUAUAGAUGUCCAAAAUUGAAUAAAUAGUUAAAUAAAUGUACUAAAAUUAAUAAAUUAGGUGUUUAUUUGUACGUAGAUAAAAUCACAUAUUUAUUAUGUUAUGAUCACAUAAGACUAAACAACUAAAUAUCUCCAAAAAUAGUAAGCGUAUUAGAAUAAUAAUGUACAUGUGUAAAAUGAAGUAUAUUAUUGAGUUCAUACUUAUAUAAUAAGAGUAUAAAAGACACAUCUUGUACAGAAGGUUUUGUAAAAAUGUACAAUGUGAUAUUCUAUUAUAUAUAACUACCUGUUUAUAUUCCAUUAUGUUACAAUUGGUUAAUCAAUGUAUUAAACUAAAUAUUAUAGCAAAUUUUUAUGCGGA